AGAAAGAAAAAAACUAUUGCAUUCAAGUCCCUGCAUCUAUAUAAUGAACAAAAGUCGUCGCAUCUCAACAAUAUACACCAGGAUUGCUCAGUACGAAAACCAUAAAAAUGACGUUUUCUCAAUGUAUAAUCUCAUCGCGUGCGUUAAGUUCAUCAACAAUCGCGCUCUUAGUCAUAAUAAGCUUCAUUGUGAUAAUUACCCUGCCAACACCUGCCCGCACACAGCCGCUGACGACACAGUCACGACACGUACCGCAUCAGCGUUAUUGCAGUACAUCGUUAUUUGAAGCCAUCCGGACGAUUUGUAACGGACGUUACAAUUCGCUGUCAAAUGUUUAUCCUGAAAGUUUUGGCAAUCAGAAUCGUGCCAGUCUUUUGAGGCGUUUAUUACCCGAUGACGAUGUCAUUUAUAGGCCCUCAUUCGGUGGUCCAGUCCAUGAAUGUUGUCGUCGUCCCUGUGGCUAUUCCGAACUGCAGUCAUAUUGUGCAGACUAA